UUUAAUUAAUGUUUUAUUAAAUUGAUAUAUAAAAAAUAUGAUUAAUGUAUACUAGUACUCCGUAUAUUUUAUUAACAUUCAAUCCAAUGCAAAAAAAACACCUCAAUCCAAACAGACAGAGGUCGUAUCAGGUGGUCACCUGAGCCGUGAGGAGUGUGGUGUGUCGUACGAUGUUCCUUCGGGCACGUGGACGGCGGGGAGAUCACUGUGCUUCCCCCGACUCCCACGUGUCGUUUCUCCGGACUCCAAUUCUUCCAUUCCAUUCUCCUCUACCCUUUGCCUUACGUCCGCCCCCUUUGUACAUAAACAUCACAUGAAGCACACUACUGGAAAACAGAGCUACUUCAGUAAACAUUCUUCGAGAAAUCCCAUCCUCAAAAUCUCGGAGUGGGUGAAAAUCUUCAUGGUUUCUCCUUUUAUCGCACACGCCUUUUCCCUCUUUUCCAAAAGAAAAUGUUGGACAAUAUUAUGGAGAUCAGCCAAAGAGAUUUUCAAUUUGUAGCAUCAGGAUACAACCUGAAGCUACUAAAACAAAAUGCAGAAGUUCAUAUGUUGGACUCUCCAUUGUUUGCAGAAGUAGGACCAGUCUUUUCAGGUUUGGAAGAAGAAGCCAUGGGGCUGCAAUGUCUACUAGAAGAACCAAAAUGCUGUGGCAUAGAUGAGGUACUGCAUUCAAGUUUUACUGAAGAUAGUAAUACUGUAGAACAGGUAUGCUCCAGUAUCACUGAAAAUGACAGUCUCUUUUACCCCCUUGGAAAAUGUGAAAGGGUGCCUUGGGAAGGAAAUAGUGACUUUGUUGCAUGUGAAAACUACUUGCUGGGUAUUAUGCUUGAUGAAAAUGCUCAGAACCUUCAUGUUAUUAUGAACAAUGAAGUACAUGGCGGUAAAACAAACUUUGAUCACAGCUCUGUUGAUUUCGACGGAAGUUGUGGUGCUUCUGAUGAGGUGUUAAGGGAGUCUAUACCAACAACUGAAAACACGGGUGAGGAAAUAUCACCCACAGCUGAUGAGGUAUUAAGGGUGUCUAUACCAACGAAUGAAAAUAUAGGUGUGGUAAUAUCACCCACAGCUGAUGAGGACCUCCUUAGAGCAUCUACCCCCUAUUCGAGUAUAUUCAAGUUUAAAAGAAAGCAAAGGGUGAAACGUGUGAAUAUGAAAAGAAAAGUCUCUACUUUUGACUCUUUCCAAAGCUUGUGCUUCAUGCUUGGACGAAAUUCCGAACUUGAUAUGAGGAAAUCUGAAAUUUCAAAAUUGCUCCCAAAAGGUAACAUUUUGCAUGAUGGUUGGUCAAAACCAAAAGCUUUCAGAAACAAUCAUUUUCGAAGUUGCAACAGAAUUCCUCUUCAUCUUCAUUGUGUUGAAGACGAAUCUAUCAGGGUUGAGGGACACAAAAGGGUGAAUGGCAGGAAUAAAAGACGCGACAGGUAUAGCAAUGUCUCUGGCAAUUCUUUAUUUGAAUCAGAGGAAGAUGAUGAUACUUAUUCAGUCGGGGAGUCAGCGGAAGCCACAGAUGAAUCUGAAAAUAAACAAAAGAAGACCACGAGGAUUAACAUCAAGCAAAAAAGAAGGAACCACAACUUCUGGUCAAUUACAGAAGUAACAAAUUUGGUUGAAGGCGUAUCAAAGUUCGGUGUUGGAAAAUGGGUUGACAUAAAGAGGUUCUUCUUCCACGCAUCGCCUCAUCGCAGUCCUUCAGACCUGAAGGACAAGUGGAGAAAUCUUAUGAGGGCAAG